AUGCUCCGAGGAUGUUCCGUUUCCGAGGAUGUUCGUGACGAAAUUCAUCGUGAAAAUAUCGACGACAACAUUAAAUUUAGCGAACGGGUUUUACAACUUCAUCGUGACGGAAAAUUUACCGAACAGGAAGCCAGGGAACUCGUAGGAAUUACCGUACCCAAAGGAGAACCCGGGCAAAAAAUAAAAUUCUUGAAGAUCGAACGACAAAGACACGAACAAAAUUUACAGACCGAAUCCGAUCCAUCAAAGAAAGAAAUUUUACGAGAAGCUAUAGAAAUUAUCGACCAAAAUAUCGACGAUGCGAAAUUACAAAUGCGACAACGUCCCGAAUCCGAAGAAGGAUUAAUUAAGAAUACAAAAGCAAUUUACUUUACAAAUACUUUAAAUGACUGUGAUAACAACCCAAAGAAAAUGUGGAAAACAAUUAAUAAACUUACAAACAAACAGUCAAAAACAACUGUUAUAUCUGAAAUCCAGAACGAUAAUCAAAAUUUGAAUAAAAAACAUGAAAUUGCAGAUGCUUUAAAUUCACAUUUCAACGAAGUUGCAUCUCGUUUGGUUAAUAACAUGCCACAGAGCUCAAGGACAUUUGAGUCAUACGUGACUAGGUCCGAUACACAAUUUACGAUACAAAAUGUUUCAUUAACUAAGGUAUAUAAGUUGCUCUCUACAAUUAAAACAUCCAAAUCAGCAGGGCAUGAUAGAAUACCCGGUAAACUUCUAAGAGACGCUGCUGAGGUAAUAGCACCAUCCCUGUCAGCAAUCUUUAACGCAUCUAUAAACACUGGUAUAUUUCCUGAAGACUUCAAGAUUGCUAUCAUUUCUCCAAUUCAUAAGACUGGAAGCAAAACUAAUUGCGAUAAUUAUAGACCAAUCUCGGUUCUAUCCUCAGUUGCUAAAAUAUAUGAGAAAUUAGUUACAGAGCAACUAGAAAUUUAUCUUGAAACUAAUCACAUUCUUGCAGAACAACAAGCAGGAUUUAGGAAAAAUCACUCUACACAAACUUCUCUACUUUACAUCACGAACCAAUGGCUAAUGAAUAUGGAUAAGGGUUUGUUAAAUGGAGUGAUUUUUUUGGAUCUCAAGAAAGCGUUUGACUGUGUUGAUCAUAAUAUAUUGUUAAAAAAAAUGCAUUGUUAUGGAAUAAGAGGUCAUACGCUUGCUUGGUUCCAGUCCUAUCUUUCUAGCAGGAUUCAAAUAUGUAAGGUAGAUCAAACAAUGUCCAAGACAAGAACAGUUAAAUGUGGAAUACCCCAAGGUUCUAAUCUUGGGCCACUUCUUUUCUUACUAUAUAUAAACGACCUGCCAAACUGCCUGACCUCAUCUUCAGCAAGCAUGUUUGCCGAUGACACAAAUGUUUCAACCAAUGGCAAAACAAAUGACGAACUACAAGAACGCAUUAACGUGGACUUAGAAAAUAUACACCAAUGGUUACUUGCAAACAAACUUACACUUAACAAAGAUAAAACUGAAUACAUGAUUAUUGGUUCAAGACAACGAAUUUCAAACUUAGUACUAACGGACCCUAAAAUUGAGCUUGGUGAAUCAGUCAUUAAACAGGUUCACAAAUCAAAAACUUUAGGCGUAAUUAUUGAUGAACAUCUUUUAUGGAAUCAUCAAAUCCAAAAUAUUGUCACAAAAGCUUCAAAAGGAAUAGGAAUGAUGCGACGAAUAAAACAGUUUGUUCCCAAAUCAACCUUAGUAAAAAUAUAUAAUGCCAUUGUGCUAUCACAUUUUGAUUAUUGUAGCUUGGUUUGGGAUAACUGUUGUGAUUACUUAAAAAACAGACUUUAGAAAUUACAAAACAGAGCGGCCCGAAUCAUCACUGGUAAAACUUAUGAAGUUAGUUCUGACGAUGUUUUAAAAGAAUUAGACUGGCAACCUUUAAACCAACGCUAUAAAACCAAUAAAUCGAUUUUUAUGCACAGAAUACGAAACGAAAAAAUGCCAUCAUCAAUUUGCAACAUGUUCAAAAUUAAAAUAAAUGACAGAUAUGACUUAAGAAGUAACAAUAACAACUAUGAUCUUGGAAAACCUGAAACAAAUUUUAUGAAAAAGAGCUUCAGUUAUUCAGCUGCAUCCCUUUGGAAUGACUUAUCAACUACAGCAAAAGAAAAAGGCAUUAGCCUUAACAAAUUUAAACGUAUUCUUGACGGCACUUGAUUCCUUUUGGUAACUUUGUAAAUAUUUAAAUAGGAUAGAAUAUUUUUAGAUACAAAUGUAGUGCAUGCAAUUAUUAAGUUCGUUAUGUUUUCUCUGUUUUUGUGUGUAUAUUUGUGUUAUUAUAUUUAUAUAGCUUGUAAAUACUGUAAUAAACGGCCUCUUGAAAAACAGGUGCCUACGAGCCCUGAAGAGCUACCGUUUUAAAAUAUUUUUAAAUAAUAAAUAAUAAUAAUUUCACGAAUGGGUCGGACAAUGUCCGUGACCGACCGAUAUUUUAAGGCAUGGAUAUUUUGAUUUAUCGCGAUAUUUUCAAUCGCGAUUAUCGUAUCGAAGGUAGAAACUUGAGCGACGACAUAUCGAAAUUAUUGUCAUGUUCGAGAUGACUAUCGUGAUAUUGCUUCGCAUGUGCAUAUAGCAGUUGUAAAAUCCUAAAAAUUCUUUCAAUUCCUAGAAAAUAUAAACUUGUCAAUGAAAACUUGCUCAUGCUUUUAGCCAUGAGAACUUAGAAUAA